CUCGCCCUCCCCCCGCAGCCGGCAGAGGCACAGCCCCAGCGCCGCGCACUCAUUGUUCCGCCAGCUCCAGGCACCAUGGACGAGCUGGACCAGUCGCUCCUGGUCUCCUCCUCCUCCGGGCCAGCGCGGCCGCAGCAGCCCCAGUUCAACUACCAGUUCGUGCUCGACGACGAGAAGGAGGAGGAGGAAGAGGAGGAGGAAGAGGAGGACGAGGACGAAGACUUCGACGAGCAGUUGGAGGUGAUGGAGAGGAAGCCCGUCGCGGCUCCCGCCCCCGCCGCAGCCCUGCAGGAGCGGCCGCCGCAGCUGCUGGACCUCGGCGGCCCCGCCGAGCCGCCCCGCCCCGCCGCUCCGGAGCCACCGCAGCCCGACUGGAGCCCCCCGGGAGCCGUCUCGUCGUCCUCCUCCUCCGCCACCACGCCGUCCCCCGCGCAGGAGCAGCCCCUGGCCCCCGCCCGGCCCGCUCAGCCUCAGCCGCCCAAGCCCGAGCCCGCCGCCGCCGCCGCCCCCCGGAGAAGAGGGUCCUCCUCCGGCUCGGCUGACUAUAAGCUCUUAUGUCAGAGGCUUGUCAUACAAGAUGAGACCCUUUUUGCUCUUCCUGCUACAUCUGCGCCUCUGAUGCACUCCUCUGCAGAAAAAGUUAUGGACUUGCAGGAGCAGCCAGGUAGCACUAAGUCGCUUGGUCAAGAGGAUUUUACUGCAGUCCCGCUUGAUACUGCUCCUUCUCUUCCCUCCUUCUCUCCUAUCUCAGCUGAUCCCUUUAAAGAGCACGCAGCCUUUGAUACACUCUCAGAUGGAUUACCUGCAAGAGGCAUUUACAAAGAAAAUGCAAGUGAGGUUUAUAAAGAAACUAUGGAAAAUGCAAGAAAUCCAUUUCUUGCAGAGGGAAAUGAAAAAGACAUUUCAGAAAUUAAACACUCGGAACCCCCAUUUGCUAAAGCAGAAGCAGCCAUUUUAUCUCAAGCUAAAGAAGAAACGCAGCUAGAGGGCCCUAAAGAAUUACCUAAUCUGGAGAAAAUGCCUGCAGAGCAGCUGAAAAUGUCUCCAGAAACUCCUCAAGAUUUGUUUGAGAAAAACGAGGAGGAUCUCUUUUAUAACAAAGACAAAUACAGAGGUGGUGAUCAUGGUGAAAAAGGGGCAUUGAAAGAAGACUCUCUUAGGAGGGAGGAAUAUGCAGACUUCAAACCAUUCGAGCCAAUAUGGGAAGUAAAAGGCGCUAGUCACGGACUGAGCAGCAUGAGAGAGGAUGUUGGAAGUAAGAUAGAUGCCAAACUAGAAAGCAGUUUAGAUGAGAAAUAUGAUGUAGAUAAGCUGAAUGUGCAGAAGGAUUAUGAAAGAGAGAGUGAAGGCAGCACUGAAGAUCGCUCUUUCCCAAGUACCCCAGAAGCUGUAAAAGAACCUUCACAGACUUACAUCGCUUGUAGUAAACUUGAAUCCUCUGUAAGUCCUGAUGGUAACAAAGUCAAAUCUCUUUCUCCACUAGAGGAAGGCACUUCAGAAAAUAGAACCGAUGACGAGAAAAAAAUUGCAGAAAUGAAAGCUCAGAUGAGCACAGAACAAGGUGAUUUUAGCACUCAAGCAGUUGGUAAGCAGGAAGGCCAGGAAGCUGACUAUGCUAAAACAGAGAGUAUCUCAACAGUGCCAUCUGACACUGCAGCAAAUAUGCCUGAAGGUCUUACUCCUGAUCUAGUACAAGAAGCAUAUGAAAGUGAAAUGCAUGAUGCGGCAUGUACAAAACUUGCUUACGAAACAAAGAUUGAUUUAGUUCAAACCUCCGAGUCAGUACAAGAGACUCUGAAACCGGUGACACAACUCUGUCCCUCGUUUGAAGGGUCGGAAGCUGCUCCAUCACCAAUAUUGCCAGAUAUCGUUAUGGAAGCCCCACUAAGCACUGGGACUGCUGGUGCAGAAGCAUCUGCUGUGCAGCUCGAAGCUUCCCCAUUAGAAACAUUUAUUCCUGCUGCUAAUUAUGAGAAUGUAAAAGAAGAGACUGAAAAACCUCCCUUAUACCAAGAGGCAGUGAAUGUACCACUGACACAGGCCCAAGAAGCAAAAGAGGCAUUACCAUUUAAAAAACCUGAUCAUGACAGUAGUGCCACUCCUGAAGAUAUAGAGACUCCAUAUAUAUCUAUUGCAUGUGACUUAAUUAAGGAAACAAAGGUCUCUGGUGAACCUGCUUCUUCGUCCUUUACAGAUUAUUCAAAGACACCGAUAACAGAAUGCAUUUCUCAGGAUGUGCCUGAACACAAGGAAGCUGUUGAAAAACUGUCUCCACAGUUUGGAAAAUCUGACUUGUUUAACAGCGAGGUGAUACCUGACUUUACUGAGAAAGCGAGUGAAGAUCCAUCUCUCAUCUUAAAAAGUAAAUCAACUGAGAAUAUUGUAACUGAUGAUGAACAUGAGGAACGACUGGUGGAUUCAGUAGCUGCCACGGGCAAGCCUUACCUGGAGUCUUUCCAACCUGAGCUGGACUCUACCAAAAUUGUUGCCACUCUGCCGUCUGAGCCAACACCUACAAAAAUAGCCAAGGCAGAGAAGAUUCCUCUUCAAAUGGAAGAGCUGAAUGCUGUGGCUUAUUCAGCUGAUAUAACUGUUGCUACGGAACCAAAAACAGGAGACAACAAAGCGCUCUCACCCAUGGAGUCUUCCCCAGUCGCAGUGGAAGAAGACUUUGUAAUGUUAGCUCAUCCUAAAACUACUCCUGAGUUUGUGGCAGAAGCUACUGGCAGAGAAGUAAUGCACAAAGAUGAAAGUGAAGAGAUCAGUAAGGCACUCAAAGGUGAGAAGAGGCAGUUGCCCUGCCCAGAGCUACCCUGUGAUCUGUCUAUAAAGAAUAUAGAAGUAAAAGCUGAGGAAGAUACUAAUGCCUUGAAAAAGUCGUUGGAGGCUGUGGAUAGAGAAGUGCCUGAAGUAUCCAUGAUGUCCUUACCGGCCACAGAUACCUCACCUUUAUCUGCUGAAAAAGAGAUAGUCAGUGUAGUAAAACCAGAAGCUUUUGAGAAGGAAGCUGAGCGAGAAGCUGCUUCUGUUAAAGAAAAGGAAAAACCUACUGCUGUAUUUUCAGCAAAGCUGAAUAAAUCUUCAGUUGUUGACCUCCUUUACUGGCGAGACAUUAAGAAGACAGGAGUGGUGUUUGGUGCCAGCUUGUUCCUGCUGCUUUCAUUAACAGUGUUCAGCAUCGUGAGCGUGACAGCUUACAUUGCCUUGGCCCUGCUUUCUGUGACGAUCAGCUUUAGGAUAUACAAGGGAGUUAUCCAGGCAAUCCAGAAGUCUGAUGAAGGCCACCCGUUUAGGGCUUACUUGGAGUCUGAUGUAGCUGUGUCUGAAGAGCUUAUUCAGAAAUACAGCAAUGUUGUGCUUGGUCACAUUAAUGGCACAGUCAAAGAGCUGAGACGUCUCUUCCUAGUCGAUGACUUAGUUGAUUCCCUGAAGUUUGCAGUGUUGAUGUGGGUAUUCACUUAUGUUGGUGCCUUGUUUAAUGGUCUGACAUUACUGAUUCUGGCUUUGAUUUCACUCUUCAGUGUUCCUGUUAUUUAUGAGAGACAUCAGGCCCAAAUUGACCACUAUUUGGGACUCGUGAACAAGAAUGUCAAAGAUGCGAUGGCUAAGAUCCAAGCCAAGAUCCCUGGGUUGAAGCGCAAAACGGAGUAAAAAGCCUGAAGCAACUUAUCGAUAGGAAGUUCAUCUUUUAAGGGGGAAAAAAUACUCAUUUGGAUUUACAUGGGGAGGGUCAGGGAAUAGCAAAACCCUUGACAUUGCAGUGCAAUUUCACAGAUCUUUAUUUUUUAGCAACGCAGUGUUUGAGGAAAAAUAACUGUUUUGACUGCCAUGUGUUUCAUCAUCUUAACUAUUGUAAGCUGCUAUGUAUGGAUCUAAAACUAAUCAUCUUUCUUUAUCCUGUGUGCAGCACUGGCUAAUAGAAAAGAUUUGAGAAAGCUGUACAUUUUGCUUCAUGAGAGGUAGUCCCUGCUGCGUUCCAGAAGAGGUAGUGCAGGUGGAGCGGAGGAUAACACUUCCCAGUUUGUGCACUGUGUAUGGUCUGUGUAGAUUGAUGCAGAUUUUCUAAAAUGAGAUGUUUUAGAAGAAUAUACCAUUUCAGCAAGUUUUGAAAAAUCUUGCCUUUUUGGUAUGAGUAUAGCUGUAUUGUGAUUUUAUUGUUUUAUCAAUUGCCUAUAUAUAUAUAUGUAUUUCACAAAGCUUAGAUCUUUCAGCUGCUCCACAGUGCUUCAUACUUCAGAGAAUUGACUGAUUUCUGGACUAGCUCCAUAGCACACAAGCUUGAAAAACUAAAAUGUCUCUGUAAACACUAGUGUCUGUUUAAAAAAACAAAGGAGAAAUGAACAAAGGAACCUCCACAUAUAUUAAAAGAAAAUUACAGCAUACACUUUGUUGCACCAACGUACAGUAGUUGAUUUUGAGCAAAUAAUUCUACAGUCUCUCAAACUCUGAUUAUCUGUGGACUGAAUAUCUAAUGCUGCAAAUGGUGUUUGGAAACUUAAAACCUUGUUAUGCAAGAAAUGAUAAAUGAAAAUUUAUACACUUGCAGUUUAAGCUGUAUUGAACUAAGUCUGUGGAAUGCAUUGUGAAAUGUAAAAAAAAAAAAAAGAAAAAGAAAAAAAAAACAAAAACAAAAACCCCAAGUAUCAAUAAAGCUUAUAGACAUAAAAUAA